UCACCGUGGCAACACCGUCAAUAGUUAUUUGAGUAGGGGGAAAUUUGGAAAUGCGAGAGGAGCGCGCCAUUAAUAAUUUCACACGUUGCCUCCAAUCAUGAAAUAGCGUUCAUUUUGUAGUGAAGGAGAAAACAAAAGCGUUUCUAAAAUCUAAAUGCACAAAAAAUAGAGAAAGAUAGAGAGAAUAACAGCACCUCUUUCUCUCUGUCUCUCUCCCCUCGUUGAUCCCAAAUCUACUAGGGAUUCUCAUUCGAUGCGAUUCGGCCGGAAGCUUUCGUUUUGCGGAUUUUUUUAAUUAUUAUUUUUCCUGGCUAUCAGGAAAGUUGAAAAAAAGAUGGACCAUGACAAGACUGGAUGCCAAGCUCCCCCAGAAGGUCCUAUAUUGUGCAUCAACAACUGCGGAUUUUUUGGAAGUGCAGCUACCUUGAGCAUGUGUUCUAAGUGCCACAAAGACAUGAUGCUGAAGCAGGAGCAGGCAAAGCUUGUAGCAUCAUCCAUUGGGAAUAUUAUGAAUGGGUCAUCAAGCAGCAGUGGAAAUGAACCUGUCGUUGCUACCAGUGUGGAUGUUUCAGUCAAUUCAGUAGAGUCUAAAAUUAUCUCUGCUCAACCUUUAGUUGCUUCAGGUUCAGACGAGAGUGAUGAGGCGAAGCCCAAGGAUGGUCCAAAACGAUGCAGCAACUGCAAUAAGCGGGUUGGUUUGACAGGAUUUAAUUGUCGAUGCGGUAACCUUUUCUGUUCUGAACAUCGCUACUCAGACAAGCAUAAUUGCCCAUUUGAUUAUCGCACUGCUGCAAGGGAUGCCAUAGCUAAAGCAAAUCCAACUGUCAAGGCUGAGAAACUUGUUAAGAUCUAGAUUUGUUGUCUUUAAGUUUCAUGUUCUAGGUGCUGUUAUGCUCAUUGUUGUCCUCAUGAGAUGAUCCGAGUUUCCUGCAUUUUAAUGGUAUUAUUAUAUUUUAUAUGUGAUGGAGGACUUGGAGUUAUAGGACAUCGCUGCAGUUCGAAGUACUAUUUCAUGUGAUUUGCAAAAAUAUACUUCCCAUUCUUUAAUUUCAAGUAUUUAAAUCUCUGCUGGUUUGGUGGAAGUUGGUGUUGUUGGCAUUGUUAGGCAUCUCUGUAUUAGUACCUGUCAUAAUGGUAUGUGCAAUUUACAGAUGAUUUCAGGGUCAAUCAUGUCCUUGGAUAAUUGGACAUGUGGUUAGAUUGUAAAUUGUAGAUGUGGACUUUAGUGAUGCUCGUUUAGAUUCAUUUACGUACAUGAUCAAAAGUUCUUCUAUAAAGCUAUUAAUUAGAGUUGGAUUAGUGCCGAA